UCUGGGUGCACUCUGCAGUCAGUCUGCCUCCAUCAGAUGAGUGUAUUGGCAGCUGCAUCAUUCCACCCUGCUGAGUUAUUGGGAUUUGUUUGCUACUUUUCCUGUUUUGUAUUGAAGCUGUCCCCACAGCUGUACAUGCAUCCAUACGAGUGUGUGCGUUAUCGAGUUUUAUUGGGCUAAUUGUUAUUGAUUGACUGCGUUGUGGGUUAUUUUUUUUAACUCUAUUGAUAGUUUUUUUUUUGGCACCACCUCCCUGUGCGAGUGAAGCCAGAGAGGAUGUUCUCGUCUUCAUCCAGAAACUCUCUGUUCUCGCCCUGGACGUCCAUGGAGCAGUCGGACGCUGAAGUGCUGGACAUCAGCACCAAGGUGCAGCUGCACGGCGUGCUGUGGAAGAGGCCCUUCGGACGGCCGUCGGCCAAGUGGUCUCGCAGGUUCUUCAUCAUCAAAGACAGCUUCUUGCUCUACUACGCCGAGAGCGAGAAGAGAAACUUUGAGACCAACAGGUUCUUCAACAUCCACCCCAAGGGAGUCAUUCCUUUGGGAGGAUGUGUGGUGUCGGCUAAUGAAGAAAUGGGGAUGCCCUUUGCCGUCGUGAUCAACCUGGAAGAUUUCACAGGGACUGUGGUCCUGGCUGCUGAGUCUGAGGAGGAGCAGGUGCAGUGGAUGGAGAUGCUCCAGGAGUCAGGGAAAGUCACGUGGAAGAACGCCCAGCUGGGGGAGGCCAUGAUCGAGAGUCUGGAGGCCCAGGGGCUGCAGCUGGCCAAGGAGAAGCAGGAGUACCUGGAUAAACUGAUGGAGGAGACGGAGGAGCUCAGUCAUCAAAGAGCAGAGAGAGAGGAGCUGGAGCGUUUGAACCAGAUCCUGGAGGAGGAGAAGAUGAAGUUUGAGGAGGUGGUGCUGGAGCUGAAGGCAGAACAGGAGCAAAUUAAACUAGACCUGGACGGCACGGCUCAGUCCCUGAAAGGUGUCGAGAGUGAAAAAGAAGAACUGAGCAACUUAACAGUGAUGCUGCAGAAAUCCAUCGAGGAGCUGUCGCAGGAGAAGCAGCGAACCCUGGAGCUGCUGGGGGUGAAGGAGCAGGAGGAGGCGGCGGCGGCGGAGAGCGACAGGAAGUCUGCGGAUGGAGAGGGGCUGGUAGACGGGGAGCUGCUGCAGGACCUGCGACACAUCGAGGACCAAAUGAAGAUCCUGCUGAACGAGAAGGAGCAGGCUGACGACAAGCUCAGGGAGAAGGAGCAGCGAGCUAAAGUCCUGCAGCAGGAGAGGGAGUACUACUCGUCUCAGGCCCGGACGCUGCAGCAGUCGCUCUCUCAGCUCACUGUGGACAAGCAGCAGACCGAAGCCGAGCUCAAGGCGGAGAUCGAGUCUCGGGUGGAGCUGGAGAAGAGGCUGAAGCAGGCGGAGGAGGCUCUGCAGGACCUGGAGAAAGGCCUGAACUCAGUGGAACGAACCAAAGAGAGAGACGAGAAGAUGAAGGGGGAUGUGACUCACCUGAGGAAGUUCUUUGAGGAGUGUAUCUGUGCAGCAGAGAUCGAGGCGAAGCUUCCGGCGAUAAUGAAGAACGCUGUGUAUCUCCACAAAGCUGCUGCUCGCAGAAUCAAAAGCUGCCGAAUCCAGAGGAGAGCCUCCAGACGCCACUGGUUGAAACACUCGAAGUCCUUCGCUGUAGCGAACACCGACAGCGGCAGCAUGGAGGAUCUGAGGGAGACGGCCCGACGACUGACCUCCGACAGCAGCUUCAGAGAGAGUGUGUACAAGAUCAUCACUCGCAAGGACGGCACAAACAAAAUGGAGGACUGAGAGAGAGAGAGAGCGAGGUAGCGGAGGAGAAAAGGUCCUCAGCUUUACCUCAGUUCACACAGUGGAUGAUGUAGAGAUCCUGAUCCCAAACCCACCAUUAAAGUAUUGUAGAUGAAUGUACACAGACGUCAGUUUGAUGGAAUCUGCCGCUGCGAAGUUCAACAGACACGGACUGAACCCAUCACAACACUAACACACAUGUUCCUUCAUGGACUGACCGGUCUGUUCCAGGAACUACAGAACCACAGGAACUCAAUCAGAAGAACCGAUCAGAAACAAGUCACCCUGAUGUUCAGCUCCACAGAGACAUCAGCUGAGUUUUGAGUUAAUUUACUGAAAAUACAUUUACAGUAUUUAUUCUGAACAAUUUACUAGUUUGAAUAUUUUGAAUUUUAAUGGGCUCCAAUAAUCUGGAGAAUGCGCCAGUUUGUUUUUCCUCACAUUUACCUCAGUCUUCAUGAUGAAGGGUGGGAAGCAGUAAAGCGCUGCACUGCUGAUAACAACGCCCAGAUUUAAUGAGUUUAUACACAAACUAAAGCCGUGAGCAUCAGGUCCUCUGCUUGAAACAGUCAGAGGUAAAUGCCUGAACAGGUUCUUAGUUUGAGUUGCUGUGGUUCUGCAGCUGCUGGAACCGUUUGGUUCAAAGUGCUUUAAGAAACCUUCAGAUUUGAUUCAACUGAAAUUCAUUGUACGUCAGUAGAGUUCUGUUCAAGCUACUGAAUAUUUGAAAAACAUCUGCAGUGGUGGAAAGUAACUAAGUACAUUUAGUAAGUAUUGAACUUCAACAUAAUAUAAGCUGUAGUCACGUGUUACUUCUCAGCUGAAGAACAUAUGAUACCUAAUAUUAUGUCUCUCUGACCACGAGGUUGGGAACCACUGAACUAAUUGUAACUUACUGACUGUAAAAUGUGUAUUAAGUGGUUGAAAAUGGCAACAACAGAAAAAUGUUUCUUCGAAAAAUAAAACUGUACUUUCACUGAAGUAAACUUCUCCCACCAC